CAGACACCUCACCUACAUUCAUCUUCCCGUCUACUCAAUGACACAUCUGCAGUGAGUGACACAACCUUUAUCAACAUGGGAGUCCAAGGACUGAAGACCUACAUUGAAAGCAGCAGCAGGAAUGAUUUAAAGACCUGGGCUUUUAGAGACAAACAACUAAUUAUUGAUGGAUGCAAUUUAUUUUACUCACUGUGUUUUGACUCCAAUCUGGAUCAGAUUCACGGAGGAGACUAUGAUACCUUUGAGAAAGUGGUCAGACAGUUCUUCGAGAACCUUUCAGCAUGUGAUGUUCACCCUUACGUUGUGAUUGAUGGCGGGGAUGACCACACUGACAAAAAAUGGGACACCCUCCUGACACGAAAACAGAAGAAAAUAAAGGAUGCCUAUGACCUGUCUGUGGGGAAGAGACGGCAAGUCCUUCCUCUCCUUACUGAAAAGGUGUUCAAACAAGUCCUCAAGAAGCUCAAGGUACCGGUGGUGCAGACUCUCGAAGAGGCCGAUUGGGAAAUUGCAGCGUUGGCAGAAGAAUGGAAUUGUCCAGUUUUGUCCAACGACAGUGACUUCUACAUAUUCAACCUCAGGGCAGGACUCCUGCCAAUCACACAUUUCCACUGGAGAAAAGUGAGAGUGAACAGAAAAACAAACCAAAAAUUUAUCUUAAGCAAGCACUUCAUCGCACGGAAAUUCUGCAAAUCCUUCAAAAUGAACGUCAGCCUUCUUCCGGUCUUUGCUUCCAUCUUGGGCAACGAUUAUGUGAAGCUCCCAAAUAUCAAGAACCGGCAUUGGGAGAGGUACUCGAAUCCUGGCUCAGAGAAUCCCCAAAUUGAAGGGCUACUUAACUGGUUGUCCCAGUUUUCAGGGCCAGACGAAGCUAUAAGCGCUUUGCUGAGGCCAACAAGUAACAAAACCAAAGCCCAGGAAGAACUUUCCCACGGAAUACAAGAUUACAAGCUCGUCCCUGGUUCUCUUGCCCAAAUAUUUCGCUCAACUAAGGUUCCACAAAAAAUCUCCAAAGGUCCUCUACACGUUCUGCCUAGAUGGACUUUGAGACCCAUACUUGAUGGAAAGAUGAGCUCCUACAUUAUCAAUGUACUGCUACAUAAUAGAGCUUCCUUGAAUGCCCAAGUUGAAGAUUUCCAACUCCCAAGUGCCAAUGAAACUUCUCUUCACAUACGCCAAGUGUUUUACGGAUUACUGCUGUUGGGGGAACAACAGACAGCAGGUAAACGAGAGUCAGUCAAGGGUACAACCAAACGCUAUGUUGUUGAAUAUAGCAGACAGCAAAUAAAACGAAGCAGUGAGAACGUCGAAGCCAUACAGACGAAGGCGAUGGAAGGACUUCGACUGGAAACAUUGUACCAGGAGCCACAUGCGGUGCGACUUCAGGUGAUCCUGGACACUUUGGGCGUUUCGUGCGAGAUGCUAAAAGGGACCCCAGAUGCUCUACAGCUGCAGAUGUUUGUGACGAGGUACUGGCUGGUAAACGCAGAGCCACAGCCGUGCCGAGUGCAUCUUUGGGGGCUGCUACUGGGAAUGGUUUAUGGAAAGCUCAGCAGUUCACCUAAUGCACAAAAAGACAUGCUGUCGAGACUGAGAGUAAAAGCUAGCCGAAAAGGAGGCUCUGUGGAUAUUGAUGUCGCUCAUGCUUACAGCCAGUGGCAGUCCUGUCUGAAGUACAGCCUCAAUCUCAACUAUCUGCUGUCUUUUCCACUCACUGAACCAGACUGCGCAAGUCUGUACCGUGGCUCCCUGGUGCAUCAGGCUGUAGGAGAGCUCAGGAGAGGCAUCAGUCUGGAGGCUCUGCUGGUCAAGGGUUCCAGUGCUGAGCGCAUCUUCAAACAGCUCAAGGACAUCAUCGUGAGCUUAAUGGGAGACGACUUCAUCAAGAAAAUGAAGAGCGGACUGGAACACAGAGAUGCUGGAAAAACACAGAGAGCCUCCAAAGGCCAGAAGGAUGAGCUGGACAUUUACUUUGAACAAAUGAUGAUCGAGAGCAUCGACAGUGAAGAUGAGGAGCUUUUAGAUGUGAGGAAGAGCAAGGCCAAGAAUCACCUGAUGGAGUUGCCAGUGUGCCCGAUCCGUGCCAGACACAAGGCUAAAGCUCGCAAUGCUCGUCAUCCCUGCAAGAAAUAUGAGAGAAGAUGCUUUGAGUAGACCUUGAAAAAACAAUCAGGAAAAUUGUUAGUUUCACUAUUGCACUUACAACAAACAUGGAGGCAUUAAACCAGGAAACAUGGUGAAGUGAUAAUUCUAUAAUAUUAGAAUCACGUCAGGGAUGAUCAUGUUUUCUAGGCAUAUGUCAGAAGCAGAUUUAUUUUUGCUGAAGCUUUUCUUGUGAUAUACACUACCUGACAAAAGCCUAUCUAAGUUUUAGGAACAACAGAUAAUAAGUUGACUUCUAGUUGAUCAUUUGGUGUCAGAGAAGUGGCUUAAAUGAAAGGCAAAGACCUCUAGAUUAUGCUUAUUCUACCAAAAUAAAAUAUGAACAAGCCUUGAUUUUAAAUUGUUUAAUUAGGACAGUAAUGUCUGACUUUGAUAAGACAAAAGUCUUGUCACUUAACAGAAAUAAUGUACAGUAUAGAAUAUAAAGUCACGGUGCAGUGGAAAAAUAAUUGUGUAUGACUUCCAUAAGCUUUGACGACUGCAUCCAUACAUCUCUGCACUGACACAAAUCACUUAUUAAUAAAGUCAUCUGGAAUGGCCAAGAAAGCGUU